UCCCAGUAUGACAGUUUGACAGAAGUUUGUGCGACAUUGAUAGUCCUCUCCGGUGUUGCAGCAUUCAGUGUGAUACCGAUACGAGUACCGUGCGACGCAGCAUCAUAAUCGAUUCUGACACUUGCUACAAAUCAAGAUAUUCUCUGUAUCUCGUUCAAAUAGAUGCAAUCGACUAGAAUCGAGGAAUAUCGAAAACCAUCUGCUUAUCACAUGUCACAAGAAUGCAGCAAUUGAAUUGAUAGAACGUUGGGAAGACUAGGUUUCACCACCGUCAUCAGAGCUAUUCCAGAAAAUCUUUGCAUAUUCUUCAAAAAUAUAAGAACAGCAAGUUAGCGAAAAUAUGGGUGGUGGACCGCUGGGGUUGACAAUGACGAAAGGAAGAGCUGGAACACAAAAUUGUGGGUUGUGGGAGAUAUGCAUUUUCGUCAUGGCCAUUCUUUCCGGAACGGCGUCUUCUGUAUUGUCAAAGCUAAUGAUGGGACUGCAAGGAGUUGGCCUAUCCGGAGAACCAGAGGUUUUUCGGAAACCAAUCUUCCAAACAUUUGCAACGUUCUUGGGGAUGUCAAUGGGCCUGGUCUUGCAUAUCGUUGUAUUGAAAUUUCGCUUGCCCUUUCCGGGAUACGAGGAGUACUUCUCCCGCAAGGAAAACAGAAGAAUCGCAAAUCACGAUGAAGAAAGUGACGGGGAAGAAGAGCCGGGCAAUGCAACUAACGAAUGCAAGCUUGGAAGCGGAUCGUUUUCUAUAGCAGCAACAUCCAUGAUAAGAGCAAAAUACUUCGGGAGUGGUCAAUUCAUAACGGCUACGAAAGGAACCAAGGAUUACACAAACACUGAUUACGGCACAUUGUUAACGCCUGUGUAUAAGAAAAACUUCGACGAAAACCAUAUUCACACCACUCUAGAAUCAUUUGAGCCACGAGGCAAUUGCCAGUUGCCAACGCCGUUUUCAACAAAUGACGAUCAAAAUCUAAGCAAGAAGGACAGCAAUCAGAACAUACCGCUAUGCAUGUACCUCUUUUUGGCUGCACCAUCUGUCUUUUGCUUGGUCGCCACUGCCUUGUCUAUGAUUGGGCUGCAAUACGUUGACGUGAGUGUUUAUCAAAUGUUGCGAUGCAGCGGGAUUGUUUUCGUGGCAUGGAUGAAACAGCAUUUUUUGGGGGAUCGCUUGCAUCACUUUCAAUGGAUAGGGGUAUUGUGGAAUGUUGUUGGCGUCGUCUUGGUUGGGACUACAGCACUGCUGGAUAAAAAUGCUUCGAAAUCAAUGGAAUCAAGUUUGGGAUCGGGAGUGACAGCUCUGACCGAGGAAGAGGGUGAGCAAGAUGGUGACCAAAAAACGUUGUACGGGGUCGGCCUUAUUUUGUCGGGAGCAAUCGUCCAAGCUAUGCAAUUCGUUUUUGAAGAAAAGGUGAUGAAAAUGGAAAUGUCAACUCCGCCCCUGCUAUUGAUAGGAACGGAAGGGCUAUGGGGCUGUCUAUUGUGCUUGCUAGUUGUGUACCCGUUGGCCUAUGCUAUACCAGGAGACGAUUAUGUUUGUUCUACCAACAGCAAUGUGGGUUCGUGCUACAACGACGAUAACACAAGCGGAUCCUACGAAAAUCCUGCAAACACGUAUGCAAUUUUCAAAAGCUCUUCACACAUACAGAUCGCGUUUACUAUGUACCUGAUAGCGAUCUUUGGCUUCAACUUUUUCGCCAUCAUGGUCACAUAUAUGCUUGAUUCCGUGUGGCACGCAAUUUUGGACAAUUUCCGACCCAUUUCUGUUUGGUUUGUGGAAUUAUUGAUAUACUAUGUCUUUUCUUCUACCACGAAUGCAUCGAGAUCUCCAACGCCACAAUUGUCAUUUGGAGAGGAUUGGACCCCGUGGAGCUGGAUCCAGGUUUGUGCCUUGGUCGUUCUCUUGUAUGGGACUGCAAUAUACAAUGCCCCAAACGCCGGACCCAUCAAACUUAAGGGCAAUUGGUAUUCGUUAGGAUUCGACUUCACAGACGAAUACAGGGAGAUCGAGGAACAUCGCACGCGGGUCCUCUCGAGCCUAGUUCGAACCACGAAAUUCGAGUUCGUUCCGACGAUAUUGGCCGAUCAGGAAACGCUAAAUGGUCGCUACCAGAAUGACGGUGACGAAGACGAUUCCCUCGAUAUCCAUCGCCAAAACGACGAUGAAAACCUCAAUCAACAGACACACAUCGACGACAGCCUACGAAGUCGACACCGUCACCAAAAAACUGCGUCUCGGAUUUCUUUCAAUUUCUAAUAGCGGCACUAUUAAGUUUGCGUUCUUUUGAUGUAUGUCGUUCGAGGUUUCCGGAUCUCCUGUUUCUAAGCUUUGUGGUGGUGGACACCAGCAUCCAUAAAUCAUCGGUUCUUUG